AAAAAGACUUCAACAAUAUUCGAGGAAGCUAAAGAAAUAUUCAACACUGCUUUAAAGUAAAUAUUACUCAGAAUUUGUACAAACUACCUGAGUCUGCAGACCACAAAUUAUCGUAGCUACAGUAUGAAGAAAGUGAGAAAGAGUAGAACACCAAGCCUCACAGGAAGAAGGUACAACAAAGAACUCGCAGAGAAAGUAAACUUCUCUGACAAGGAGAAGAAGAGAUUGCAAGGAUUUUUGGGAGAAAUUCUGAGAGUAGGAUGUCUGAAGGGCUUCAAAUAUUUUGCUCUUUAUUUGAGAGGAAGAGAAGAGUUAAUAUGCAAAGUCCUAAAUGAACCGAUGUCACCAGAAAUCCUCUCCUACUAUACAUCACCGUCAUCUGAAAAAAUGAAAACUGGAAAAUCUAGUUUUUCAUUUGAUACUGCACCCACCCUACCAAGAAACGACCAAUCACUCAUCAUGUCAACCAACACCCAGAAAAGUUUGAGUGGUUAUGGCUUCAUGGAUGUUGGAUUACCACCAGCAAGUCCUAGUGAAAGAGAUAUUGACCUGAAGGAUGACAAAUCAACACUGCUUUUGAUAGCUGCUUAUGCGAGGUACAACUGUCCUUAUGUAUGGGUACGAUCUAAUCAUGAAAGGCUGGUGUCGUUCACUGGAGGAGGUGAUGAGAGCAAGCUACGAGACAGUCCUUUAAAGCUUAAAUCAACAACAUCAUGGAAGCUUAAUGACUCUAAACUAUGGGACAUCAUUGGAGAAGUAGUAAAGCUGUGUAUGUAUCCAGCACCCUUGAACCCAUUUGCCAUUGACUUCCAGUACUUUGAGGGCUUAUCACUGGGUGAGAGGUUGAUAGCUACUGGGGCAAUGGUUAACUUUUUACAGAAGGUAGUAUCCUCUGGAGAUCAUAUCUACAAUGCUAGAGUAUUUGAUGAUUUAGGAGAGCUGACUCGACAACAUUUCAAGGAUUUGCAAACAUUUAGUAGACAACAGAAGUCAAAAGAAAUCAGUUCAAGACAACAAGGAAUGAAUGAACAACAAGCACAGUCUUACCACCGAGCUGGACCUAUGCCUUCCUAUCCUACACAAUACCAAGCUUACUAGAACCUUUGAUUCUUAAAGAUUAGAUGAUGUUGGCCAAGACGGCCAAAAGCUUGGUGUUACUUAAAAAAUUACACUAUAUUUACAGUGCAUUGCGCAAAAGUAUGACCUCAUGUACGGGUGAACGCACACUAUUUAUCUAUUUCUUGAACUCAAACACUACGAUUAGAAAACUCUACCGAGCGACAUCGAACCACCAGGGAAUAUUUAUGAGCCUAUCACGUGACUCAGUCCAGUCUUCCAAACACCUCAUUUAAAGUUAGUAUUAGCAUACUAUAUGCACAGCCUUUUUCCUGCCAAAUUAGCAUUUCUAUGCCUUAUUUGGUAACACCAGCCAGCUUUGCAUCAAAAUGUGUUGGUUUAAUGUACAGAAUCUGUGCAUAGAAGUAUACCCAUACAUCAAAUGAUCAUGACCAUGCAUACUUUUGAGCGUUGCGCUGUAAAUAAAAAUGAAACAGAUUUCUUGUAAUUAGUAUUAAUUACUAAAUAAAUAAGAAAUAAUAACUUAUUAAUUUGCACUAAGCAAAUAAAAAAUA